AUGGGAUUACCAGUGGUUUCGGAGUACAGAUGUCUGUGCGGAGCAGAUGUUUCUUCUUUGGGCUAUCAUGGCCUUUCAUGUAAGUUAGGAUCCAGCAGGCAGGUAAAUGAUAACAAUGAAAACGUUAAAAACAACUCAAGUCAUAAUCAUAAUGUAACCGACAAUGAUAACCACGUUUCUAUCGAUCAUAACAGCCAUAACAACACAAGCAACACUGACAACAACACAAGAAACAACACAAACAACAAUGACGACAAUAUAAGUGAUAAUAACACGAACAAUAAUGAUAGACGUAUUAUCAAUGAUCAUGAUAAUGAUAACAUAAAUAACAACGAAAACAAUGGUAACCAUGUUACUAUUGCACAAGUCAUUGUCGAUAACCUAAUCAACAACGACAGCCAUGUUAUUUCCAAUAAUCUUGUCAGUAAUGUAAACAACUCAAACAACGACGUUGUUGCUGAUCAUAUCGGUGACAAUGAUGCAAACUCUAUUACCAACUCCAACAACAAUAACAGCGACAAUAACGAUGACCAUGUGGAUCAUGACAAUGAUAACAACACAAUCAAUGACAACCUCGUUAUCGCAAACUCCAUUCAUAACAAUAACAACAACUCAAACAACAAUACCGACAGUGCAAAAUUAACUUUAUUUUAUCGUAACUUAAUGAGCUCUUCGUAUAAAGAAGACGAAUAUAUAAUUAGAAAAAUCAUUGAAAAAGGAGUCCAUCCAGUUGAUUCUAAUGAAAAAAUAAACCUUCUUAUUUAUUAUAAAAAUUUUAAGUCGCAACAACUACUAAUAAAAAAUAGUCCCAACGUUAAACUAGCAACAACACAGCACUCCCACGUCAUCUACCAAUUUCUAUGUCCUCACGAAGACUGUAGGCUUCGUCCAUCUUCUUAUAUUGGAAUGACUAACACAAAACUGACACGCCGUUUAACCUGCCAUUUGAACAUCGGAGCUCCAAAUCAACACUACCAUGACUGCCACAACCAGCAAUUAUCCCGCAAAAUAUUAGAAGAUAAUACUAAAAUAUUAAUGAAAGACACUAAUUUUAACAGACUACAAAUUUUAGAAUCCCUAUUUAUUAAUAUUUAUAAACCUAAUUUGAACAAACAAAUUUAUUCUAAUUUUAUUUUACCUUCAUCACGAAAUGUUUAA